UGUGUUAGACAAUGGAUGUUCAACUGAUUCCACGUUGACCUUCAAGAACGUCAGUGAGGUCACGCAAGAGACCUUGACCCUGGAGACGUUCAAGUUCGACAACUCGAGCAUGGUGUAUUUCCACUGCGAGGUGUUGGUUUGCAACGUCACGGACCCCGAUUCCAGGUGCCACCAUGGUUGUCUCACCCCGGGGAGGGGGAGGAGGGACGUCGAGGGGAGGGGGAAAGACCAGGAUGUGUACCUAGCGUCCCAUGAGCUGACGGUGGGGCCGGUAGAGAUGCAGGGAGAACCUAACAGCACAGUGCGCGUGAAGAAGUCAGACCUACCAGCGAUCCCACCCUCUGACCCCGAAACGGGGAGGGCCGCCAUGACGGCAGGAUUAGCGCUCCUGGGCGUGGCGCUCAUCAUGAUCACCGUCGCACUCUCCAUCAUUGUCAAGCGUGACGAGGAGGUCGAUAUAAAGGCCAAGGACGACGCUGAAGAAAAACUUAUCAACGGAGAUAAAUGAAAUAAAAUGUUUGUUUGUUUUCA